AUGUUCAACUACGCUCUCGCCGCGCUCCUCCAGCUGUCGAUGUUCCUCCUCGUCGAGGCUGCACCCAUUACUGUCCAGAGCGCCAAACCUUGGCAGGCUGGAACCGGAGGAGGGAUUGUUGGAUUUAUCGUCCUUGUCCUCGACAUCAUUGCAUGGAUUGAGAUCUUCAAGUCGAACCGCCCUGUCUCUGGCAAGGUCAUCUGGGCCCUCGUUGUCUUCCUCUUCCCCGUCGUCGGCAUGAUCAUCUACUACCUCUUCUCCAACCGUCAAGCCCACAACACUUACGAGCCUAUCAGCGCAUAA